UUACGUAAAUGACGUUUGAUCGUUCGGAGUGACAAAGAGAGCGAGCAAAGGCUGACGGAGCAGGCAUAAAAAGAAAUCCAGAUUUGUGGAGCCGUAUUAAAAUUGUGAUUUUCUACGGAUAGAGACACCCAGUUUAGUUUUUCGACCCAGAGUCCGACUGCAGAGGGUUUCGAUUACCUAAUCCGUGUUUAUGGGGUCGGACCGGUUUGGCGUGCCGUGGAAAUCAUUUGAUUCAAAAUCUGGAAAUUCGAAAAAUUUCACUUGAAUUGCUGCCUGGGCUGAACAGGGCAGCCGCCAUGGCUGGUGCCGUCGGAUCAUUGAGUCUCCACCUCAGUAUAUGAAGAAUUAUUUUAUAGUGGCAUUUUAAUGACUGGUUUUUAUAUUUUAGCAAAUACAAUUGACAUAGUCUACUUUUCUUAUUUUAAAUUAUUUGGCGACGCUUUUAUAAAUCACUACAUGGACACUCCGCUAAAUAAGUUAUUUAAUAUAGAGGAAAUUGGGGAAAGGCCAUUUUCAUGAGACAUUUGGUAAUGCAAGAUAUUCUGUCGAAGGUGAAGAAGAAGAAGACAGUUAAUCAAAUCUGGAAAAGGAUGAUUUGAGAAAAGACUUGGAGGACGGGAGUAGCUAAAAGACAACGAUAGGGAAGGAAUUCGGACGGACGGUGGGGUUUGUGUUUUUUUAUUUUUAAAUCAAUACCUAUACUGACUAGUAUAGAGUCGAAAGACGAAACACAAAAACAACGAAAAGAUCUAAAAGCAAGAGACGGGGACGAAGAACCGGUCUUGAAUAGGAAUAUGUCGGGUCGGCCUAGAACCACCUCAUUUGCAGAGAGCUGCAAGCCAGUGCCGCAGCCUUCGGCGUUUGGGAGCAUGAAAGUCAGCAGGGACAAAGAUGGCAGCAAGGUGACCACGGUGGUGGCCACGCCGGGCCAGGGCCCUGACCGGCCACAGGAGGUCAGCUACACGGACACCAAGGUGAUCGGGAAUGGCUCCUUCGGCGUGGUCUACCAGGCCAAGCUGUGCGACUCCGGGGAGCUGGUGGCCAUCAAGAAGGUGCUGCAGGACAAGAGGUUCAAGAACCGUGAGCUUCAGAUCAUGAGGAAGCUGGACCACUGCAACAUCGUGCGCCUGCGAUACUUCUUCUACUCCAGCGGGGACAAGAAAGAUGAGGUGUACCUGAACCUGGUGCUGGACUAUGUCCCUGAGACGGUGUACCGAGUGGCCCGACACUACAGCCGAGCCAAGCAGACCCUCCCCAUGGUCUACGUCAAGCUGUACAUGUACCAGCUGUUCCGGAGUCUGGCGUACAUCCACUCCUUCGGGAUCUGCCAUCGGGACAUCAAGCCCCAGAACCUGCUGCUGGACCCGGAGACGGCCGUCCUCAAGCUGUGUGACUUUGGGAGUGCGAAGCAGCUGGUGCGCGGGGAGCCCAACGUGUCCUACAUCUGCUCCCGCUACUACAGAGCCCCCGAGCUCAUCUUCGGAGCCACAGACUACACCUCCAGCAUAGACGUGUGGUCCGCUGGCUGCGUGCUAGCGGAGCUGUUGCUAGGGCAGCCCAUAUUUCCUGGCGACAGUGGAGUCGAUCAGCUGGUCGAGAUCAUCAAGGUCUUGGGGACCCCCACAAGGGAACAGAUCCGCGAGAUGAACCCCAACUACACCGAGUUCAAGUUCCCGCAGAUCAAGGCACACCCGUGGACUAAGGUGAGUCUGCAGGUGUUCCGGCCACGCACGCCCCCGGAGGCCAUCGCCCUGUGCUCUCGGCUGCUGGAGUACACGCCCACGGCCCGCCUCACCCCGCUGGAGGCCUGCGCGCACUCCUUCUUCGAUGAGCUGCGGGACCCCAGCAUCAAGCUGCCCAACGGCCGCGAGGCACCUUCACUCUUCAACUUCACCACCCAAGAACUUUCCAGUAAUCCAUCCCUGGCCUCCAUCCUCAUCCCCGCCCACGCCCGGAACCAGGCUGGAGCCACCGCCCCUGCAAACGCCUCUGCCACUUCAGAUGCCAACAUUGGAGAUUGCGGUCAGAGCACUAACGCAGCCUCUGCGUCGGCUUCCAACACCUGAACGACCCCAUGCCCCCCCCA